AUGGCUUACUCAAUAGAUGAUCUUCCUAACGAAAUUAUUGUUGGAAUUUUUUUCUUGAUCGACGGAACUCUGUCCGAGCUAUUAACUAUCUCGCGCACUUGUCGUCGUUGGCGAGCAAUUAUCAUUGAUGAAUGGUUCUUUCAACAACGCUUUGCUCGUUUUUGCCGUGUCCAUGGAAUCGGUCAUUGGCAAUUUGAAAAUGCAUCGAAAUUAGGACACGAUUCAACCGGUAUCACCAGCAAUGAUCGGUUCUCUCUAACUGGUCAACCGCAACAAGAAACAUGCUUUCUUGGUCCAUGUCUUGUUCUUGAUGGUCAAUCGUCGAUUAAUAUUCCCGUUCAUGAUAUACGACAAUAUCAAACUGAUAUAUUUUGCGUAUCCCUAUGGCUCAUGGACACGUAUCCGGGAGGUAUCAGUUGGCGAACAGCUAUUGGCUCUUGGCAACAUCCAUUUAAUGCUUAG